UCAGUGCUAUACCGGAGCCAUUAAUGGGACUGGAUAUUGGGAUGUUCAGCCAGCGAAGCAGGAUCGCCCUUAUUGCGAAGAGAUAGACUUAUGCGAAGCCAACAGCCUGGCCACUGUAUACGCAACUCAUCCGUGUCAGAACUGGUAGUGCGAUCCGCACGGAUGCAGAUUCAACACCUUCAAACGAGGAGACAAUUACCAGCUAGAAACCACGCAGAAGAUGACGGUCGUCCCCCAUUUCGUGGCUGUCGGCUGGAUGGAGACAUCAAGGAGAUCCAGCGCUUAUAAUGUCCCGAAUGGCCUUACGAUCCAGCAGCCUUCGUUCAGUAUGGUAACAAUUCUAUUUCGGACGAUUAUCUCAAUAGCUUUAGAGUCUAUUCAACACGCAAAUUUGCGUCUUGGCCGGAAUAUCACAAGAACUGGAAAGGGAAUGUUGUUAUCCUUAACAAACAUGCUGAAUUCGACUGAAAGAACCUUCCGCUGGUGUCGUCGUCGAGUUCAAACACACUUAAUGGUCAACACCUCAAAGUUAUUUGGCCUCGCUGGAGUGGAAAUCCCCCAGGACUUACGGGUCCGCUCAUGGGUGGCGUCAUCGUCGAUACCUUUGCAGAACGUUUCAAUUUCACGUACGAGAUGGUCCGAGUCACAGAGAACAGAUUGGAGCCACAAGGAAAGGAACGCGGACUUUUCAACUAUUUGUGGGAAAAAAAAUGUGACUUGCUAAUCAUAGGCGUGGGACUGACGUACGGACGUUUUUUAAUUGUGGACGUGACGAUUCCUUUGGUUUUUGAACCCUAUCGGUUCCUCAUACCUGUCCAAGGUGACACGGCCAAUAUCAACGCCGUCAUCAAACCAUUUCAAUGGCCGGUUUGGCUGGGACUUGUCAUUUCGAUUGCCUUCGUCAUAAUUGUUUUGCAAUUAUUGGAAAAUGCGUUUGGCCCUUCUAAAGUACCCAACCGUGGCAACAAAACAAAUAAAUGGUAUUGGCUUUAUUAUGUGAGACAAACUGCGAAACAUUACGUCUACGUUUUUGGCAAUUUAUUGUCACAAGGCGGACCUUGCCCAUCAAAACAUUUAUCAUUUCGGUUGGUCGCUGGCGUGUGGUGUCUGGCCGCUUUUAUCUUCGUCCAGGCCUAUACGUCGAUAUUAUUCACUUACAUCGUGACCCCAGUUAAUCAUCCGCUAAUCAAUUCUGUCUACGAUAUUGUUGAACAUAGCGAUAUUCAGUUGCUUGUUCGAAAAGCAUCUACUUUGAAUCGUUAUAUUUCGAAUCCUAACGCGACUGGAAUACUUCCGAAAUUGAGGAAGAAACUGGAUUCCUUCCCCAAUUCCGAAUGCCAUAUGAUAUCAGAGUGCAUCAAUAUGAUUAAGCCCGGCUCAAGAAAAACUUUUGCAGAUGUGAUUUCUGCACAGCUGGAAGUCAUCAAAGGGCACUUUGAUCAAACUAAAAAAUGCGACAUUCAGUUGGCAAAGGAAUCCUUCUUGACCGUCUUUGCGUCACUUGCUCUACAGAAACACAGUCGUUACACUGACACCAUCAACAAAGGGGUGAUGGAGUUCCAACAAGCUGGACUAUUCGACCAUUGGGAAUCGGAGUUCAACCCGAUGCCCCCACAGUGUUUGGCCACCACCAAAAGCGGAAACCAGAAACAAGAAACCAAACCCUCGGUGAUUAAACUGAGUAAUUUGACAGGGGCUUUCGUCGUCCUUUUGAUUGGAUUCAGCGCCUCCUUCUUGAUUUUUCUGUUUGAACUUAAUAAUAAUCUCCAUACCUCAACGUCAAAAGAUUCCGAUAUGGCAUCUAACAAGAAACACGGAACAUAAAUUACCCAGAAGACUUCAUACAUUGAGUGUUAUAUUUUGACAAGUAGUCGACCGCUCAGAGGUCUAACAGUAAUUAACACAUUUUAUUUUUUAGCGGGAAUGUUUUGGCCAUCGCUGAGUUUUUUUUAAU